CAUGGACCGCGUGUGGCACGUCGCCUUGCUCGCGUCCAUGAGCGCUGUCACACUCUUUGCGCUGCAGCAGAAGCGGGAGAAGAGGCGCACAGCAGCCGCGCCAGCCCGCGCGACGGCCAAGGCCAAGGCCCCGCCCUCCGUGCACCACAUGGAGCUCUCGAUCGCGGGGUCCUUCUCGCACAAUGGGCUCUUCACGCAAGCGCUCGCCAUCUACUCGCGCCUCCUCGCGGCGUCGUUGGCCGAGACGCCGCGCCGGCGCGCCCACAUUAGCCACCUCUACGACUUGCGCUCAUGCGUCUACGAGGCCCUCCAGCAGUUUGAGUGCGUCAUCGCCGACACGACGGCCGCGCUGGCGUACGAUCCGAGCUCGAGCGACUUGUACUUACGGCGAGGCAUUGCGCACGCGCAUUUACACCGAUAUACGCUCGCGCUCUGCGACGUCUUGUCGGCGCUGCACCACGGACGGUCGCCCGAGGACCUCCGCGACAUGGAAGAGAUGUUGCGGGCGCUCGAGCAAGAAGCCAUCUUUUACGAAGCGCGCGACGCGCUCCAGAACCGCCGGGCAGCGCGCUGUCUGCCCGACGACUACAAGGUGCAAGCGUACUUUGAUCUCUUCCACGGUCGGGACGUUGACGACGCCUUUGCCACGCUGCUCCACCGCGUGUCCCUCGACCGACACGUGUCCGACGGCGCUGCGUGCUUGCAUGCAGCCUUGGAGCAUCGGCGACGUGGGCAUUUCCUCGAGGCAUGCGACCAGCUCGAGCGCGCCCGGUCGCUAUUGCCAUCGACCGACGCGCUCUCGGUCGUUGCGGACCUCGAGCACGCCAGCUACCUCCAUCUUCGCCACUGCUACGACGAGGCAGCCACGGUCUUGCAGCACUGCACCUCGCGUCUUCCCGCAUCGCUCUGGAUACAGGCGCACCGCUUCCACAACUGUAUCGUCCGACGCGACCGGUCCGGCGCGCUGCUUUUGCUCGCCGCUGUCAAAGCGACGUCGCCAACGCUCAUGUAUCUGCAAGGGCUCUACCACGCGACGCUGAGCGGCGACGGUGCCCAUGCCGUCGCAUCCUGGACCGCGGCGAUCACGCUCUCGCCCGAGUACGUCGCGCCGUACUAUGCGCUGAGCCAACACUAUUUAAAGAGCGCGACGAUCGCCGCGCACUCGGUGCUGCACCAGUGCCUCGCGUGGUACUUUCUCUACGUCGACGCCGCGCCGCCCGCGCUCACGUGGAUCCACCUCGGGCUCGGGCACUUUGAGGCCGCCAUGGGCCGCGACGCGACCUCGUGCUACGAAGCGAGCUUGAGCGUGAGCCCUGCUUUUGUGCCUGCGUACCUCGCCCUCAGCGAAGCGCACCGUGCGACGUAUGAAGUCGCGCAGGCCUACUUGAUGCAGGCGCUCGUCUACACGCGCAGCGCGUCGCCGUGCAUCCUCCUCGCGCAGCUCCGCAGCGAGAAGGGCAUGUGGGCGCACGCCGUCGACGCGUGCGACCACGCGCUGCAGUACGCGUGGAGCUACCCCGAGCUCUGCCAGGUGUUUGCCGUCCGCAACAUUGCCGCUGCCAACGCCACGCGGGCGUAG